GGCUUGGUAGGGCGGCACCAGUGUUGAGUGAUAAGGAUUAAAAGAAGAUCUAGAUAAAAAUGAUUCUUCUUGCAUGAAAUCUUUUUAGGUAGCCAUCACAAUCUUGAUCAUAACUGGCAGUGUGAUUGGUAUCAGUCAUGUUGCCUGAACCUCAACCUCUUCGCAUCCUUGUUCUCGGCUCUGGUGGUCGUGAACACGCUAUUGUGGUGCAUCUUUUAAAAUCAAAACGUGUCGAACAAGUCUUUGUUGCUCCAGGAAAUGGAGGUACAGGUACAAUCGACGUGAAAAGAUGCUCCAAUUUGACUGACGUUAAAGCUGGUGGCGACUUCAAGGAAAUCGCACAAUGGGCAAAAUCAAACAAGAUCAACCUUUGCGUUCCAGGUCCUGAACAGCCAUUGGUGGAUGGUGUUGAAGGCGCAUUCAGAGAAGUUGGUAUUCCCGUCUUUGGACCUUCUCCCUUUGCUGCUCAAAUGGAAGGAUCAAAAGAUUUCGCAAAAGCAUUCAUGGACCGACACAACAUUCCCACUGCAAAGUACAAGUCAUUCAAUGAUAAACAGGUGAAUGAAUGCAUCCAAUUCGUUAAAGAACUUGGUGGUGCACAAAAGGUUGUCUUGAAAGCGGACGGUUUGGCUGCUGGAAAAGGUGUUUUGCUUCCCGAGAGUGAUGCAGAAUGCGAGCAAGGCGUUCAAGAUAUCCUUGUCAAAAAGGCAUUCGGAAAUGCAGGAAGCUCAUUACUCAUCGAGCAGAGAUUACAAGGUCCCGAAUUGUCUGUUUUGACAUUCUCAGAUAGUUAUUCGCAUUACUCUCUUCCACCUUUGCAAGAUCAUAAGCGUAUCGGUGAGGGUGAUACAGGACCAAAUACAGGUGGAAUGGGAGCCUACACUCCAGCACCCGAAGGAAAAGCUCCUGGUGUAGAAGACGCAAUCGAGAAGAAUGUCAUUCAGCCAACGAUUGCUGGAAUGCGAAAGGAUGGAUUCCCAUUUGUCGGUCUUCUCUUCACAGGGUUCAUGGUUACAGAAAAUGGACCGGAAGUGUUGGAGUACAAUGUCAGAUUCGGUGACCCAGAAACUGAAGCUGCACUAGAACUACUUGAUAUCCAGAACGGUCCUUCAUUGGCAGACAUCCUGGAGGCAUGUGCUGCACGCCGUCUUGAUGCUCUCGAUGUCAAACUCAAGCCAAAUUUCCAUGCUGUCAGCGUUAUUCUGGCAUCUGCUGGCUACCCAGGCAAAUACGAAACCGGAAAGAAGAUUACCAUCGGUAAAUUACCCGCCGGCGUAGAAGUAUUCCAUGCAGGUACAAAGAUGUCUGGAAAUGAUUUGGUCACAGCCGGAGGAAGAGUGUUGGCCGUUUCAGCUUCUGGACCUUCACUCAAAGAAGCUGUAGACCUUGCUUAUGCAGGUGUUGCACAAAUCGACUUUGAAGGGAAGACGUUCAGAAAAGAUAUCGCACAUAGAGCACUCAAACCAGCACAAGCACAAAAAGCAGCCGGUCUAACAUACGCUGCUGCAGGUGUGGACGUUGAUGCGGGUAACGAUCUUGUAGAAGCUAUCAAAGCACACGCAAAGAGUACAGCCAGACCUGGAUGUGAUGCUAAGCUUGGAGGAUUUGGUGGUGUGUUCGACUUGAAGGCUGCAGGCGAUUACAAAGAUCCCCUCUUGGUCAGCGGAACAGAUGGUGUAGGUACAAAGUUGCGUGUCGCACAAGAUUUCGGCAAACACGAUACUGUUGGUGUCGAUUUGGUUGCCAUGUCUGUCAAUGAUCUUUUGGUCCAGGCUGCUGCACCCUUGUACUUCCUUGACUACUUUGCAUGCUCAAAGCUACAUGUCGAAACAGCUGCAAACGUCGUCAAAGGAAUUGCAGAUGGAUGCAAACAAUCCAAGUGCGGUUUAGUCGGUGGUGAAACAGCAGAGAUGCCAGGAAUGUAUGUCGGAGAUGAUUACGAUCUUGCAGGAUUUGCAGUCGGUGUUGUUGAACGCAAGGAUCUUCUACCACGUCUCAAUGACAUCAAGGCUGGAGAUGUUUUGUUGGGUCUUCGCAGUUCAGGAUUACACUCCAACGGUUUCAGCCUGGUACGAAAGGUGAUCGAAAGAGCAGGAAUCAAAUAUGAAGACAAAUGUCCAUGGGCUGAAGACAGUCAAUUGUCCCUUGGUGACCGUUUGCUCGAACCCACACGUAUUUACGUUCAAGCUCUCACACAUGCUCUUGGAUUAGAAGGAGGUGCAAACAGCGUACCAUCGCCACACAUCAAAGCACUUUCACACAUUACUGGAGGUGGCUUCACUGAUAAUAUUCCACGUAUCUUACCCCAAGGUUUGGGAGCUGAAGUCAAUCUUGCAGCUUGGAAACGACCGCAAUUGUUUGCUUACCUACAAGAACAGGGAAACAUCGCACCUCUAGAGAUGUGCAGAACACUCAACAACGGUAUCGGAAUGGUCCUUGUCGUAGAAGCAAGUGCAGUGGAUGAAGUAUUGCAACUGUUAGCAAAGGGUGGUGAAAAGGAUGUCAUCAAUAUGGGUAGCAUUAUCAAAGGCAGUGGUGUUGAAUAUAAGGGACUAGAAAGCUGGUCUUCUUAAUUUAUUUUGUAGUAUUCUUGUAAGCAAUUUCUUCAUAUAUUUGUCAAAAUUUAUAAAUUGGAACCAU